GCUUUGAUUAAUAUUCUAUUUACCGGUGCUAUUUGCAAAGCAACGGUUUCGUUCUUAUUUAAUGUCCGCUUUGUAGCCCUUUUUUAAAUGCCCGAGCAAUGCUCAGUCUUAACCCAUCCUCCCUAUUUUCUGGCCUGUUAGCGCGCGCCACCAAGCGGACACGGCGAAACUAGUACUUCCCCCUUCAUGGUGUUCACAUGAGGCGGCAAAGGCAGACAAGAUAUAGAUGCAAAGAAGAGAUAGGCAAUUGUAUCAAGGAUUUUUACCAAUAUUUUCAGCCCCAGCGGUUUUUCAUCCUCCAUUGUUAUCGUCGCAACUCGCAAAUCCAGUUCAGAGAGGCAUGGCAGAUCAAAUUCCGAGAUACCAUGACAACAAUUCACCUGGUGUCACAAACCAAGUUAACACUUUCAAUCAGAACAAUUCACCUGGUGUGUCAAACCAUAUGCUCAACAUGGAUGCGAACAGCUCACCUGGUGUGGCAAACCAGGCUGAGAGACUAGAUGACAAUGGGAAUCUGUCUGUUCUUCGAACUGCUCACCAGUUGCUUCUGUUUAGCGACCAAACUCAAAAGUCAUUGGAUGCACAUCAGCUUGCCAUUUAUUUAGGAUGAACCUGGUAGAGACGGAGGAGAUCCCGAUGAUUGGGACCAAACUGUUCAUACUAUUCCCGCUGUGGAUGUCGCUGCUUUUCGUUGUCCAUUGACUGCUGAGCAGUUAUUCGAGAUGGAGAGGCGCAUCAGAAAAGAACAGAUUGAUGUCUUAAGUUUACAAAUUAAAUACUAGAAAGUGAAAAAUUAUGUUUUGAACUCAAUUGGUUAACUGAGCCCUUUUUAUUUGCCUUUCUAACACUUCUCACUCUGCCAACUCAUUCCAAUACGUGUCGAAAUUGGCUGUUGAUGUGUCCACUUGCUGGUUCAUGUGAAAGACAAUAAAAAGCGUAACGAUAGGUCUUAACGUUA